UUUUGUAUUUUACGACAUACUUUGAUUGACAGUUGCUUUACGGUAAUGUAAAUUGAUAAUUUUUUCCAAUAAAAUAAAAGCAUCUUUUUAAGAUGACCCGCAAAGACAAGAGCACACCUGGAUAAUUGCAUGGUAAAAAUUGAUAUUUGGUCAAAAAAAUGCCGUUUGGAUUACGGUUUAAGAAGACGCGUCGCUAUGACAUUUCAACGAAGAAUAUUUAUAUGGUGGAGGUACAGAUGCUGGAUGGAUCUUACCUAGAAUGUACGCUGACAUCUGACAGUACAGGACAUGAAUGUUUAGAUGGGAUCUCACAGAAAAUAGAGCUACAAGAGAUACAAUAUUUUGGACUGCGAUAUGUCACUAAGAAGAUACAGUUCCGCUGGGUGGACUUGAACAAACCACUUAAAAAACAGCUAGAGAAGUAUGCGCAAGCCUCCCAACCCUCCAGAUCCCCACGCCUGUACUUUGGUGUGAUCUUCUAUAUAGCAAGUGCUCAUAAAAUUGUUGAUGAUGUUGCUAGGUACCAAUACUACCUCCAAUUGAAGAAUGAUAUAGUUGAUGGUCGUCUCCCUUUAACAGUAGAUCAGGUGAUCAGAUUAGCAGCCUACAGUUUACAAGUUGAAUUCAACGAUUAUGAGAGCGAGAAACCUGCGGCAGAUUACUUUACUGAUAACAUGGUCUUUCCUAAGAAUCUAACAAAGGAUGAGAAUAUCUUACAAGAGUUACAACAUGAGGUUGUACAAGUGUACAUGGGACUUCAGGGUGUACACCCGGUGAAAGCGGAGAUACAAUACAUGAAGGAAAUACAGAUGAUGGAUGGAUAUGGCAUGGAAUAUUACAUUGCUAAGGAUGAGAGAGGUAAAGAACUUUACCUUGGGACAUCAUAUGUUGGAAUAUUUGCCAGAUACUUAGAUGGUCAGCAACCCAUAUUCUUUAAAUGGACUGAUGUUGCAAGACUUCAGCAAAGCAAGAAAACAUUUGAAAUAGACACAUCAAAAAGUUCAGUGCAAUAUACUAUGGAAGAUUCUGAUACAGCCAAAUAUUUGAAGAGAAUGUGUCUCCUACAACAAAAAUUUUACAAAUCUACUAAAAUCAUGCUUAGUGCCAGCCUCAGUGACCUUACAGACUUUGCUGAAACUGAAGUUCUACCAGAUAUUCAGCAGAGUGUGAUGCCACAGUCAGAUGUCCCAGUACAACAGUUGGCACAAUCACAGACAUCUUUAACAUCAUUGAAAUAUGGCGAACAGAAAUAUGAGCCAGAUUCACGAUCAGCAUCUGUAACUACGGAUGAUUAUUAUAACAGAUCCCAGCAGAGUCUGAAUAUCUCCGCCCAGGAUCUCACUACAGCACAGUUCUCUACAGAUCCUCACCAGGAUCGACGACCUUCUUCCGCAUCAUCGCACAUGUCAAAUUAUCAUCAGCAGCAGCAACAACAACAACAUCACAUGGGAGUGCAAAACUCACCCGACCCAACAGAAGAUCCAAACUUUGCUAGCCGAAAAGCUGCCCUACCAGAAUACCGGCAUGCCCCUGAUUAUGCGACAGUAAUGAAACAAAAAAUGACUCAAUCACAGAUGACUCAACAACCACAACAACAACAACAACAUCAUCAUGUUCAUAGUAACCAACAUAUAAAUCAUAGUAACCAGCAUAUACAGCAUAGCAACCAUCAGAUGCAUCAUAGCAACCAACAAAUUCAUGACUUAAAUCAGAAUAUCGCAAACACUCAUAUUUAUGCACAGUCUGAGGACGGGCUUGCAUUUAGUCAGCCUGAGAUCAGUAACCCUCACGUAUCGUAUAAUCCCGAGGGUCCUUAUCAGAUGGGAGGUCCUGUGAGGAACUAUCCAAUGACAAUGUAUACCAACGUGUUUCAGGAUCAGACCACUGGAAAUUUUAUGCAGUAUAGAAUGAAUGAAAGGCAGACUAACCUAGUGAUGCAGCCAACUUAUAGUUCUCCUGAACUUAAUACGCAAGGACUUCCACAACAAUAUUCUACAAAUGAGUUCCUAAAUGUGAAUGAACAAUAUGUGUAUCAGUAUAAACCCCCACCACCUUACCCGCGGGCAAGUAAUUCUACCCCCGAUCUCGCCAUACAAACACACUUCAGACUUCCAAGCGAUAGUCCAGACUUGUUGUCUAGAAGAACGUUAGGUGAAUCUGCUUUAAGUAGUCGUUCAAACUUGGAGGUAAGCAUAGAUAAUCUCACUGACACUAUUCCAGAAGUUGUGCAAAUAUCUGAAACUACUGUAGAGACAGAGACUGGUCUUGCAGAAGUUCAACAUCAUUCUUUAGAAAUAGACGAUGCAUCUAGUGAUCAUUCUAAUUCCACGUUUCAUGUGAAGGAAACGGAUAGUGAACCUGACGAACCAUUCGUCCGUGCCAUUCCACAGCGGCAGAGUAGUAAGUCUAAAAUUACAGUCCGAUUUGUUGCACCUAAUAAGGCCCCGCCUCCUUCAACUUCAAAGGAGGUAGCAACAAAUCGGGAAAGUUUUAGGCGAAUGAUGAUAGCAAGAUCAGGUUCGUUUACUCCAGGUGUUUUAAGAGAAAAUUCUAAAAGACUUAAUCAUAUCAACAGAAGCUUGCGAGUCAAAGAGAAAAAUAGCAUUGAUGAACAUAUCUUAGAAACAAAUAGAUCUGUAAAUAAAUCUCCUAGCAACGAAAACAUGGAAGAACAAAAAGAUCCUGUAAAGGAGAAUGUAAAGAACGUAUUAAGCAAAGUAACAGAAAGUAGUGGCCUAAUUAUUGAGAAUGGAUCUGAGAACACAUCGGGACGUGAGGUAAUGAGAAGUCAAAGUGAUGCAAACAAAACAAACAAUAAAGUAAAAGUGAUACAUGAGAAAGCUGUGUCAUUAGAUAGUAGUGCUGAGAGACAGCAGUUGUUAGAUAAAUUAAAACACAGUGAACCUGAAGUACCGUCAACCAUCAGUGAACAUGAAAGACUUGUCAGCUCACAAGAAAAGCUUGUCGAUUACGAGGAUUCUGAUUCUGAUCAGGGUGAUACACCAGCAUCUCCUGUUGGUCCACUGAAGCUAGCAGCUAUGAAUGGAUUGACCAUGUCUAGGCCUAUGGUACUGGCAUUGAUGAAUGAUGAAACAAGGGCACCUAAAGAUGAACGAAGAAAAGUUCUGGAGAAAAAGUUAUCAGAGAAUCUAGUAUUUAAAGAGUUUGAAGAAACACCUAAACGAAUCAUGGAGUAUGAAUGUAAUGUUGCUAGGUUACCAGAGAAUAACCUGAAAAACAGGUUUCGUGAUGUAUUACCAUAUGAUGGUACAAGAGUCAAACUUAAUCCAAGGAAAGAUAACUCUUCUGGAUACAUUAAUGCCUCACAUAUAAAGUUGACUGUAGGACACAGACUCUGGUGGUAUAUAGCAACCCAGGCCCCCAUGGACAACACUCCGGUAGAUUUCUGGCAGAUGGUUUGGGAGCAGGAAGUAGAGGUCAUUGCCAUGCUUACAGCCUUAAUGGAGCUGGGCAGACCAAAAUGUUAUCCGUAUUGGCCACAGGAUCCAGGACACGAACAUAAGCUGAUCUUUGGAGAUUAUGAGGUACAGUUGUUAUUCACAAACGACUCACUGUGUUAUAUUACUAAUCGUAUAUCACUACGCCAUGUACCGAGCAAGAAGGAGAGACAAAUCUGGCAUCUACAGUACACGGACUGGCCCGAUCACGGUUGUCCUGACGACAUGUAUGGAUUCCUUGGUUUUCUUGAUGAGAUAGAAUCAGUUCAGAGACUUGCGGAGUCAGAAGAAGGCAGUGGUAAAAAGUCUCCUAUAGUUGUACAUUGUAGUGCUGGUGUAGGGCGUACUGGGGUGGUUAUACUUACUCAGGUCAUGAAAUGGUGCUUGGAACACAAUCAGCAAUGGUAUUUCUACAGUGAAGACAGAGGUACUAGAUUAGAUUCUGUAUCGGAGAGAGAGCUCACAUAG